AUGGAUUUUAAAAAUGCCGAAUGUAUAUGGGACGCUUUAAACGACCUACAUAAAAAUGACAAGGAGGCGUACCAGAAAUUCAUAAAAAAACAUAUGAAUACGAUUCAAGCAAAUGUAGUGAUAAAACCUAAAUAUGUACUAUGUGUACAAACAAAUGUAGAAAAAGUUACUAUCAGAACAAGCAGUAAAGAAUAUAAAGAAAAUGUCUGUAAUUAUUUUGUUUUCAUAUAUUAUACUAGUAAGAUGAAAGCACCAGUACUUGAAGACAAUUUUAUAAAUAAUGUUGAUAAAAUAAAUAUGGAUAAUAUUUACAUAAGUAUAGCAAAAACAGAAGGGGAAAGCUCAAAAGAUAUGUAUGCUGAAGCUGUUGUACAUACAUUAAUUUAUAAAAAUAUGGAAAAUAAUAAUUUUAAAAAUAAAAUUAUUUUAAGAAUAUUACAACUACUAAAUUAUUAUGAAAAUAAAUUAAACCGUGACUUAUAUAUUAAUACUAAAAAUUAUAAAAUAAUAGAUUUACAUUAUAUACCAAAAACAAAACAUUCAUUAAAUUCACAUUGUGUUAACGAAAAUAUAAAAAAAGAAGAUAAUAAUACACAAAGCAUAGAUGAAAGUGAUAUAAAAUUUUUCAAUCUAUUAAAUCAAAAACAAAAUAAAAAUGAUCAUGAUAAGAACAAAAAUAAAAAAGAAAUUAAAAUAUUACAAGAAAAUAAAGAUCUCCUUAAUCAUAUCGAGUCUGUAAAAACUACAAAAAAAGAAAAGGACGAAACAAAUAAUAUACAUAAUUAUAUACCAAAACAAAUAAAAUCAUACCACCAUACAAUAAUAGAUAG